UGACUGUUAAAGUGGAAGGAGGCUGCAGGAUUUUUCAUUGGAGACUUGGGAGUUUUUCUCUUAGACAGGGGUCAGCUGAAAGACAAAGAAAAAUGGCGAGGAGUUUGCAAGUAUAAUGGUUCUUGUUGGCUCAGUAUCUAAAAUGGAUCUUCCACAGCCUUUCCUUCCAUGUGUCCUCAUGCCUUUGUCCUUUCUUCCUCUUUUUUUCCCCUUCCCUCUCUCUUUCCUGAGGGGGGGGGGGGGGAGGAGGUUCAGUGAGAGUGGAGCUGAAGGGGAAAAUUAUAAAUGCUUUGGCUUUCUCACAGCAUCGAGGAAAAGUGACUAGUCAAAGCAUAUUUUGGUGGUCAUGAUUUCAACAUGUCAACAGAUGGGGCUUUCGGCAGUGGUAGCAGUGAUGCUCAGCAGAGCUUGCAGUCAUUUUGGCCAAGAGUCAUGGAAGACAUCCGAAAUUUAACUGUGAAGGAUUUCAGAGUUCAGGAGCUUCCACUGGCUCGCAUUAAAAAAAUCAUGAAACUUGAUGAAGAUGUGAAGAUGAUCAGUGCUGAAGCUCCAGUUUUGUUUGCCAAAGCUGCUCAGAUUUUUAUAACAGAGUUAACACUACGUGCUUGGAUUCACACAGAGGACAACAAGAGGAGAACUUUGCAGCGAAAUGAUAUUGCUAUGGCAAUCACAAAAUUUGAUCAAUUUGAUUUCCUUAUUGACAUUGUCCCCCGUGAUGAAUUAAAACCUCCAAAACGACAGGAAGAGGUGCGACAAACGGUGACCCCUGCAGAACCAGUCCAGUACUACUUUACUCUAGCACAACAACCAACAGUGCAAGUUCAAGGACAGGCAGCUGGACAACAGACCACAUCCUCUACCACCACACUUCAACCUGGUCAGAUCAUAAUUGCACAGCCACAGCAAGGACAGAGUACACCUGUCACAAUGCAAGUUGGAGAAGGUCAGCAAGUGCAGAUUGUACAAGCACAACCUCAAGGACAAAGCCAGCAAGGGCAAGGUGCAGCAGGACAGACCAUGCAGGUCAUGCAGCAAAUCAUCACCAACACAGGAGAGAUCCAGCAGAUCCCGGUGCAACUCAACACAGGACAGUUGCAGUACAUACGUCUUGCUCAACCAGUUUCUGGAACACAAGUUGUGCAAGGACAGAUCCAGACCCUGACAGCCAACGCACAGCAGAUUGCACAGGCCGAAGUCCAGCAAGGGCAGCAGCAGUUCAGCCAGUUCACUGAUGGACAGCAAUUAUACCAGAUCCAACAAGUCACCAUGCCAGCAGGGCAAGACCUCUCUCAGCCAUUAUUCAUUCAGUCUACUGGUCAGACAACUGAUGGACAGGCUACACAGGUCACUGGAGACUGACCUGAAAAGCAUAUCAAGGGGACAAUGGGAAAUAGAGCACAGACACACAUACUGCAUAUGCGCACCUGUGCCAACAUAGCACACAAAGGUGUGCUACUUGCUCCAUUGGCACAGAGUGGGUUAAAGGGGAAGAGAGUUUGCCGUUCAAGAUUGGCUCCAAUCAUUCUGAACUGUAAUCAAACCAUUUCGAUAUACCUGAAAAUGCAAGUCGUGAUGAGAAAGAUACUCAGAAGAAUUUAUGAACAUACGCAAACAUCACAGAAGUCGUGGUUAUUCCCUGCCGAAAAUAUCCCAUAUUGUACUUCUGAUGCCAUACACAUGCCAUCUCACUUUUUUUGCUCUCUUUGUCUCAUUACAUAACCCCCAACAAAUCCCUGGAAAUGCAUUUGGAAGGCCAUAAAACCCGACAUAAAAGAUGGCAAUUUUCAAGUGAUUAUAUCUAUAACCUUUAUUUGGUCAACAUGGACAGCAGGUGGCUUCUGAAAAUUCAGGUAGACCGAUGUUUCAAGUAGAAAUCCAACUUUACAGUGGGAUUUCAGAAGGUAUUCAGUUCAUAAGGGCUUAAGUGUUAACUCACAUUUUUACCAUCUUUACAAGGUCCACAAACAAAGUGGAAUUUCUGUUCUUCUUCUCCCCCCUGUAAUUCCAUACACCAGCUACAAUCCCUGUGCCCUUUAUUGUCAGGAUGACAAUUGAACCCAUUUGACUGCCAAGGUGUAAAUUGUCUUAUUUUCCAUUUGUCUGGCAUGAGAACAUGGGAAAAUUGUAUUAUUUCUUUUUUUUAUAUAUAUUUUGUUACUAUUUUGAUUUUAAGUAUUGGCGCUAGUCUGCGUUGAAUGCACGUAUCAAAACACUGCACAGACUGCAAUAAACUUACUUUUUAGAUAUA